CCAUCGCCGCCGCCUUGGUUUGUUUUUCACGUAGCACGGAGCAAACUGUCAACCGGACGCGGCGAAUACUUAAUCCAACCGCUCACCGGUUUCGCCCGCUGUCAAACGGCAAUUCAAAUCAUCAUUCGCCACCAUGCGCCUGAGAUGCACACACACUCAAAAAAAAGGGGGAAACAGAGAAAAAGAAACGGAAAGCGGUUGGAUUAAUACGUUUGAGGGAAAAUUUUUCAUUCCGAACAGAACAGCAACUGUGGCGUCGAAGGAUUUCGGAGCUAGAUACGUGAAAGUGAAGUGUUGCGUUUUUUCGAGCCACAGGACGCAACAGAAGAACGUUCAAAACAACGUGCCGUUGGGUUAAAAAUAAAAACCAGCUAGCGAUCUUCUCUUCUGCGCCAAGCACGGUCCUACAUCUGCAGCAAUGUUUGGCAACGAACGGUUUAACGGUAGCACCAGCAGCACCAGCAGCAGCAGCAGCACAAAGUGCCAGAAAGAAAGCUGCAACGAUCAGGACACGGCAUCCGCUUCCUCUGCGUCGCCCAACGGCACGACAGCGCUUCCCAACGAUUCGAGACCUUCGUUUGCGUCCGUCUUUACGAUCGAAAGCAUACUGGGGCUCAAUCAGGACACGAUCACCCAGCACAAGGCGGGCUCGCUGAACGAUAAGCUGCUGUCGCCCGUCCCCCAACGGUUGGACAGUGCGGCGGCCUACGAGCUGGAACAGCACACCAAGCAGAGUCUGUCGAACUAUUUCCGCUGUGCUGGGGCCGGUACACUGCAUCUCCCGACCACGUCCGAAGCGAACAUGCUGUCGACCAACAUUCUUGGCAUAGCAUAUCCAUCGUCCUGCCACAGCUAUCUGCAGCCGGAUCUGUUUGCCGCCCAUCUCCACCAGCAGGUAGGGCUGGUCGCGUGCAACGGCAACUUCCGGCCCCGCUAUCCAUUCCUAAACGCGGACUCACACAUCAAGCGAAAGCGCCGGCACCGGACCAUCUUCACCGAGGAGCAGCUGGAACAGCUGGAGGCCACCUUCGACAAGACGCACUACCCGGACGUGCUGCUGCGCGAGAAGCUGGCAAUCAAGGUGGACCUGAAGGAGGAGCGCGUCGAGGUAUGGUUCAAGAACCGGCGGGCCAAAUGGCGAAAGCAGAAGCGGGAGGAACAGGAACAGUUCUCCAACUACGAAAUCAAUAGCAAAAUUAGAAAACUCAUCAACAUCCCGGUGUCGGCACAGGAAAAGUUGCGCCAGCUGCAGACGGGCAUCUUUGCCAAGGACAAACAACUGUUGCCGAAAUGUGACGAGCUGAGCAACAGCAACAGUGACGCGUCGGACGUCGAGGUGGUAUGAUAAUUUGCGCCCAGCAACGACUGGUGCAGGUGGAGAUGGUGCUUUUUUUUUUGCUGUAGGAGAGGCGAGUGACAUUAACUAAGUAAGGGUAGGAAGCCGGAAACGGGUUUAAAAAAAAAAAAGAAGGUAGAACCCACGUGUCCUGGGCCGGCGGUCGGCGAAGGAUGACACACUAAGCAAUUGGAGUGAAUGCUCUCGGAUUUAAAUUUCCCCGUGCCCCCGUUUUGUAUAUUCAGUCGCAUCGAUGUUUGAUGUUUGCUUCCCUUUCUACUCGAAGCCAUGGUAGUAGUCAACCGCGGGCUGUAGAGCUACUAGCAACUUAGGCAGCAACUAAGUGACAGCUAACGUCAUUCUUCUAAUCGUAGUGCAUAAGCCGUGUCAAAAUGUGUGGAUCGCUGGCAGUAGCAGCAAGUAGUAUCGAAAGGCAAUAAGUUAUUUAUUUUCCAUUAGUAGAAUAGUUUAUCGUUUUUAAAAGUGCGCCAUCUUGAAGGCAUGGGCAGGGGUGUAAAUGUUACGAUCAGCAUACGCAUUACUUACUAACUUAACGCAACUACGGUUGAGGUGUAAAUCAAAACUCCGAUUCCGGUCCGGUACGAUCGAAUCCAGCGCAAGCACGUGUCGUUUCGGGCGACGUGUUUAAGGCGGCACGUUCGACGCGUUUAACCAUUCAGCAACAUCAUAAACUAAUCAAACAAACUAAUUAGCUAAUGGUAGCCACCGUUUUUUUGAUGGCACGUUCCGAUUCGCGGGGGGGGGGGAGGGGAAGCAAAGCAGCAACAGCAAGAAAAGAAGAUUAAAUUAUGAACCCAGUAGAAGAAGAAGCUGCAUAAAUCAUGCUGCACACUCACACACAGCAUGGGAGGUGCUUCCGGGUGCUGCUGGCUGCUUGCUCGUGCAAUACUAAAUAAUUGAUAUCGCAUUGUUUGAAAAUGAGUUCCCCGUUGCGAAACAAACCAAAGCCAAAGUAAACCAGGAAGGGGGAAUGUGUAGUGUACAGAAAAAAAACGAAAAAAAGGAAAAAAAGGAAGCCCCCAUAACAUACUAAACGAAUGUUUGCAACUUUAAAGGCAGAAAAAAUCUCUCUAAACACGCAUCACAUGAGCAGCAUUUGAUGGGGAGAAAGGCAAAGGACGAUCAGAGAAAAAGAUACUUCUGUUUUGCGCAUUGCAUAACUUUAGGCGUUUUGUUUUUCUGAAGGUAGUUUUUGGUUAGUAGCACAACGAUAACUUUUCUCUCAUGAAUGAUAUCGUUUGCAUUAAAUACCUUAUAUAGCUUCUCUUCUUGGCAUAAAGCCCUCUUGUAUCAUACCUACUAUCUCUCGUUUAUAAGGCUCCUAAGUCCUAGUCGGGUUUACUAGGUCCAGAUGGGAUUUGAACCCUGCUCCUUCCGUGUGGAGGCUACCAAUGGGCCGCCUCUGUUCUUUCACUAUCUGCAUUUACUUCAAAUUAAAUGAGUUUAACAGAACCAGAAAACGUUUCAAAUUUGACGCACUCGAAAAACCAGACGCCUAAAUGUAUGCAAUCCGAUCAACACCUCUGCCCCCUUGUCUCGAAUACUGCCCACAGUGAGAGCGGAUUUGUACCAUAAUAACGCCCUAGCUUACCUACCGCGAGCUUCGUCUAGUAUGAGCUGUAUAUGUAUGUGUGUGUUCGUGUGUGUUCGUGUGGGUGUGUAUGUGUGUGAUGAUUUUCCGUUUCCGUUGCAAGGCUUACUUUCGGAGAAGUAGUUUUCCCAGUCCAGUCUGUCUAAUGCCGCAAAUACACAUAAUAACAACAAAUAUCCGAAAGCAAAUAAUCGACGUAUAUUGUGGGACAACCAAACAAAAAACAAAAAAAGAAGAAAUAUCCACAAAACCCUCCAUAACUGUACGAAACCUUUAAUAAACCCGUCUACUAACGAUAUACAAUA